AUGGCUCCGAAGAAGCGUCCGGCAAAUGUCGUACGAUCUGGAAAUGCAGGCAAUUCGACCAAGCCAACCAAGGAGAAAGGCAAGGAUGAGCCAAAGCAAGAUGAAGGUCCAGCUAGACCACCACCACUCUUCCCUGCAGGAUACAAGUCACCGCUGACAAUUCUGAAUGAGAAGUGUCAGAAGAUGGGAUGGGAGAGACCGGUCGUAGAGUCUCGACCCAAUAGAGGAUCCGAUCCUCAGACCUUUACUGGUUUUGUGAUACUAAAGAAAAGGGUCAGCAAGAAUAUAUACAAUCUGGAUGAGGUCAAGAUGCAACCUCAUACCCCUCUAGAGAUAGAAUCAUCAGCCAUGGCUAGACACUAUGCAGCGACUUAUGCCCUGUUCCGAUUUUGCUCGCACUUGCCUAUGGCUAUGACCCUUCCCCCUUCUAUACGACCUUACUGGUCUACCCUUACUGCUGAAAAAGCCGCUGCUCCCCCUCAUCGAUCCUGGGAAUACGACCCUGAUCCGUUCGCGGCUAAGAAAGAGGUUGAAGAUCGUCAGAAUAAGAAAAAGGAUAAGGAGGCAGCGAGAGAAGCAGAGGUGGAUGGUAGGAGUGCGGGACCAAGUGGCAGAGGUACGCCGGUGGCCAGGGAGGCUAAUCAAGGUGGUGGUGGAACUGCGUGGGACAGAGCACCAGAAGUGAAGAUGGCUUCUAGCCUAAGGGAAACGGUAGAAGCGACCGUAAGGAAGAUGAUGCAACAAUUCCCGUCAGCGGUACUCGAAGCGAGUCGUGAUGCUACUGCUACAGCUUCGACUGCUCCAUCCGGCGUCUCCACACCUACCCUUGACCUGCCUUUUCUUCAAGCCCAACUCACAAACCUUGGAUUCCGAUCAACCCACAUAACUUCCGCUCUAUCCGCCUUAUCAGCCGCCAACGCUCGUCUUCACUCUUCAUCUUCGUCGACCAAAGACCCUUUGGUACUUUCUCUCAGUAUUUUAUCACCAUUAGAAGCAGCUAUAGAAUGGUUAUUGCUACAUCUGCCUGAAGACGACUUACCACCUAGAUAUCGUCCAUCUAGCUCUUCUGCAGAUUUUAUCACUGGAGCUUCAGCUACCUCCGGAGGCAAGACUGCGUUAGUGAAAGGAUGGCUGGUAGAUAAGCUAGUAAAGCAAGCUGGAUUCCCUAGAAAAGCUGUAGAGACUAUCUUAGCGGAGGAACAAAGAGAAUCAAUUGUGCUGGAUCUGCUAGGUCGACGCUUAUGUGAAUGGGAGACGGAUGAGGACGGAUGGGGCGUGAAGGAGUAUGGAAGUGGGUGGACAGGAGACGAGGCUGCGGACGAGGAAAGGAGGAUCACUCGUGAAGAGGAAAUUAUGGCUUUGGAAGCUGUUUUAGGAGAACGAUAUCAGCAGUUAUCAUCCACAGAAUCAACUAUCAGUAUCGAAUCGGAAUAUACAGCAGAUUCGAUUCGAUUGCAUAUACUCUUUGAUCAACAUUCGCCUUACCCCUCACCGCAAUAUCCCAAUCAUCCGCCAUCCUUCUUCAUCUCCUCGGAUACCUUACCGGCGUAUAUCCGAUUACACCUUCAUGCUCAACUCCUCCGAGCAUUCCGCGAUCCGGAAAGACACGAUCUGACGUCUGUGUUGGAAGCUGGUUCAGGAGGUGCGGUCUUGAUUAUGGUAGAAUACCUCGAAAGCACUUUAUCGUCUGUUCUGGAAACACCACCAGAUGUGGGAGAAGUCACCAAGUACCUAGUACCGAAAGUCGAAGAUGCCAUCUCCACAAAAUCCGACACUCCUGUCAAGAGGAAACAGAAACAGAAUAAAGAGUCCUACAAGCGGAAAAUUCCGACUGUAGAAGAGGAAGAGGCUGUUAGGAAGAAACAGAAGGGGAUGAUGGAUAAUCCAUCUUAUGCACCGAUGUUGGCGGAUAGGAUGAAGCUGCCUGCAUGGAAGGAAAGGGAUAAUAUUACCAAUGCCCUUGAAUCGAAUAGGGUAUUAGUGGUUGUCGGAGAAACUGGUUGUGGUAAGAGUACCCAACUUCCACAGUUCAUUUUAGACCAUGAGAUCAACGCUGGUCGAGGCGCAGCAACCAAUAUAAUCGUCACGCAACCUCGACGAGUGGCUGCGAUGGGUGUGGCAGCCCGUGUAGCGCAGGAACGACUAGAAGACGUAGACAAGUUGCCCGAGACGGUCGGAUAUGCCAUCCGUGGAGAACGGAAGUCCUCGGCAGAUACCAAAGUACUGUUCUGCACUACUGGUGUUGUCUUAAGGAGAUUGGGCAGUGGAGAUCCGGAUUUGCUAGGAGUCAGUCAUGUGGUGGUAGAUGAGGCACAUGAGAGAGGUGUCGAUACUGAUCUACUGAUCUGUUUGUUGAGGGAUUUGCUGGAGAGGAAUAAGACCAUCAAGGUCAUUUUGAUGUCAGCCACAAUCAAUGAACAAAUUUUCAUUAACUACUUUGGCGGAUGUCCAAGUCUCACCAUACCCGGAUUCACGCAUCCGGUUACUGAUCAUUAUCUUGAAGAUGUUAUAUCCGAAAUUAAAUACAAGCCUCAACCAUCCCGAUUUGGUCCUCGUCAGACCGAAGAACAGAAAGCGGCUAUCCGAGCUGAAUUUACCAAACUCAAACUCGAUCUCGAUUCUCAACGAGCUCUAGAAAUCCUUGCAGGCACAGAUAGGAUAGAUUACGGACUUGUCGGUGCUAUAGUCAAACAUAUAGUGGACAAUGCCGAAUCGACCGCAGGAGCGAUAUUGGUAUUUAUGCCUGGUGUAAUGGAGAUUCGCCAGUGUAUCAACGAAUUGCAGAACACCGCCCUCGGUCCAGUUGAGAUUAUGCCUCUUCAUGCGAAUCUUUCUUCAGCCGAACAGAGGAAAGUCUUCUUGCCUACUGCACCGAAGAGAAAGAUCGUCGUAGCUACCAAUGUAGCUGAAACAUCUGUUACAAUUCCCGAUGUGAUCUAUGUGGUGGAUGGAGGAAGAGUUAAAGAGACUCAAUAUGAUGCGGAGAAUGGGAUGCAGAAAUUGGUGGAAUGUUGGACUAGUAGGGCAUCGGGAAGACAACGGAGAGGUAGAGCAGGUCGUACGCAGCCUGGACAGUGUUAUAAGCUGUAUACCAGAAGAACGGAGAAUAACAGCAUGCCUCGAUUCCCGAUACCUGAGAUCCUUAGGACACCAUUGGAAGCGCUAUUCUUACAGGUGAAAGCCAUGAAUGAAGAUACCGAUGUCAAAGAGUUCUUAAGCAAAGCUAUCGAUCCGCCAAAAAUGGAUGCUAUCAAUGCUGCUUGGCAGACGCUGCAGGAUCUGGGAGCUGUCGAGAGUGAAGAUCACAAGAGUCGGUUGACUGCCCUUGGACGUCAUAUGAGUAUGAUACCUGUCGAUCUUCGUCUUGCCAAGAUGCUGGUGCUGGGAACGAUAUUCAAAUGUCUGGAUCCGAUUCUCACUAUUGCUGCUUUGCUUUCAUCCAAACCCCUCUUCACCUCACCAAUGGAGAAGCGUGACGAGAGCAAGAAAGCCAGAGAAUCAUUUUCAUGGGCCAGAUCAGAUUUGCUCACCGAUGUAAGGGCUUAUGAUGCUUGUAUGGCUAUAAGGGAGAAAGGUGGAAGUCACGGUGCUGUCAGGCAGUUCUGCGAGCAGAACUUUAUCAGUUCUACAACCUUGCGAGAUAUCACUUCCCUCCGCAGCGACUUCUUAUCUGCCCUAUCUUCAAUAGGCUUCAUCUCGUCGUUGAAUAAGGAAAUAGCCAAAUUCAGCGUCAAUUCGAAAUUCGACAAUCUCGUUAAAGGGGUUAUUGUUGGUGGAUUAUAUCCUAGGAUAGCAAGGAUUGCCAUGCCAAAAGCGCAAUUUGAGAGAGUCCAGCAAGGUUCUAUACAGAAAGAUCACGAAGCGAAAGAAGUCAAGAUGUUUGAUCAAUCUGGCCGAGUGUUCAUACACCCAACUUCGGUUCUAUUUAACGAAUCGGGAUUCAAAUCUGGUUAUCUGGCUUAUUUCGGCAAAGCUGAAACGUCAAAAGUAUUCUUACGAGAUGCUACAGAGGUCCCAUUAUACGGGCUGUUGCUUUUUGGCGGUAGUAUCACCAUCAAUCAUUGGGCAGGAGGUAUAAUGAUAGGUAAAGAUGGUUUUGUGAAACUGAAAGCUGGAACAAGGAUCGGAGUGCUGUGUUCACAACUUAGACGUUUACUUGAUGCUCAAUUAUCUGAACAAAUCGAAUCUCCCCAUGCAGUCGAUAUGUCAGGCCAUGAAGAAGUCGUAGGUGCGAUGAUGGCGUUGUUGCAAAGAGAUGGGUUGUCUUUGUAG